AUGUCUUCUUCGAAUAAGAAUAAUAGCGAUUAUUCACAUUUAACUCGUUCUCAUAUAAAAAAUAAUCCAGAUUUAGAAUUAAAUUCGGGAAUUCCUAAUUCCAAAACAAAACAGCAUACAAGUACGCCCAGAUAUUCGAAAGAAAACCCUGAUCACAAAGAAAUACAAAAAGAAUUUGACUCAGGCUUUCAAUCUCGACUUUUUAGCAGUGACAAUAACUCUUCUGACAGUGACAAAAGCGAUAGUGAAGAUACCAUUACAGAAAAAACAUUAACUGAACAAAAUCCAAAUAAAAGCUUAAAUAAUUCUUCGACUGACGACAAUUCUGACAAUAAUUCCCUUAACAGUACUGAAAAUAAUAACAAUUUUGAAGAAAACAUGGCCCUACCAAAUAAUCAACAAGUCUCGUUACGCGAUGCCUUAGAAACAAUACCUAUGUUUGAUGGAAAGAAUUUACCAUUGUCAAUUUUUAUUGAAAGUUGUUUAGAAGCAAAAACUAUGCUUCCUGACGUUGCACAAGUAGAAACAAAUUUAGUUAAAUUAAUUAGAAGUCGAAUUUCGGGUGAAGCGAGAAGAAUUAUAAUAGAAAAUAACUUUAACACAGUAGGACAAUUAACGGAAAGAUUAAAACAAAUUUACGCGCCGGCAAAAUCCGUAUACCAGCUACAAGGAGAACUAGGAGCAAUAUUUAUGUGGGAAAACGAAAAUGUUAUUUCUUACGGUGCAAGAAUUGCAGAAGCAGCAGAAAGAAUAUUAGACGCACAUAGAAUUAAUAAUGACAAUCAAGUAGAUCCAGUAUUUAAAGCAGGUUUAGAUAGAUCAAGCAUCGAUUGUUUUUCGCGAGGGCUUAGACCAGAAAUCGAAAUACGAAUUGGAACAGCUGAUACUUUUCCAGAGAUAGUUAAUAAAGCAAUAGAAAUUGAGAGAAGAUUGUCAUCACAUCAUGAACUACGAAAAACAAGGUCAGUGUAUAACGUUCAAGUAAAAGUUUUAAAUAAAGAGAAAAAAGAAGGUUACAUUCCAAGAUUAGAAAUAAAAGAUGGUGUUUACAUAGGAGAUGCAGUAGUUUCAAACAUAGAAGGCUUAGCUUGUUUAAAAAUAAUCAACUCUCUUAACGAAUCAAUAGAAAUACCAAUUUUUGAAAUAAGUUUAGAGGAUUUCGACGAAAUAAAACAAGAAACACAAAUAAACAAACUUGAAGACACAUCAAUUACACAAAUUAUUGAUGCAUUUUCAAAAAAUUACGAAUCAAAGAAAAUUUUCAAUAUUACAGGCAGUGAUAGAAUAGAAGAAAUUAAAAAACUACUUCGUCUUGAUCAUUUAAAUACAGAGGAACACGAACAUAUAAUGAAUUUAAUAAAAAACUACUCAGAUAGAUUUCAUAUACCCGGAGAAUUUUUAGAAGGAACAGAUCUCAUAAAGCAUAGGAUAAUAACCACUGAUGAUACACCUAUAAUCACUAAACAGUAUAGAUUCCCACCUGUCCAUAAAGAGGAAAUGACGCGCCAAGUUAACGAUUUAUUGAAACAAAAAAUUAUUAAACACUCCGACUCACCAUAUAAUACACCCAUUUGGAUCGUACCCAAGAAGGAUGAUUCGUAA